UACAGGUAAAGAGGGUAAGAGGCAAGAGAUGUUACAAAAUUAAGCCAUCAAAUCAUUUACAGUACACCACGCUGUGGCUGAGGACCUCGUUUUCUUUCUAGCACUUCUAUAUAUCAAAAGUUACUUUGUGUUGCUCAUUCAGAUCAUUUUGAGUUUGAGUGAUGUCUACUUCUUAUUCAGAUGUCGAACUUGAUGAUGAGAGUGAUGAUGGUGGAUAUUAUGAUUACUACGAUUCUUCUGAAGUUGAUGAAAUAUUAGAGACUGAUCAUCAGGAGAGUGAUCCCGAAUACUUUGAAUUUAAUUGUCUUGAUAAAGAAGAAGUGAAAAGGAUGCUCAAUGAAAAUGUAGAAAAACUUUGUGCCAAGAUACCGGUGAAACCAUCCUUGGCAAAACUACUUUUACAUAUCCAUAAAUGGGAAACUAAUGAUCUAAUUACAAGUUACCAAAGUGAUGCCUCUAAACUUUUAGCAGACUCUAGAAUUGAACCAUCACCCAAACCACAACAAACUAAAAUUAAUCUCAAUUCAAGGACUCUCACGUGCGUAACAUGUUUUUCAACGUACUCUCGAGAACAUUUUAGUGCUCUAGCUUGUAAUCAUUACUUUUGUAAAGAUUGCUGGUUUACUUAUUUUGAAAUGCAGAUUACGCAAGGACUAACUACUGCAAUAGAGUGCAUGGCUCAUGAAUGCACAAUUCUUGUUCCAGAAGAUUUUGUUCUUCGCAUGAUAAACAAAUCUCCCGUAAGGGAGAAAUACCAACAAUUCUCCUUCUGUGAUUAUGUUAAAAGUCAUUUAUUGCUGCGUUUUUGUCCCGGUGCAAACUGCAAUGUUGUUGUUUUCGCAAAAGAAUGCCAAGCGAAGCGCGCCACGUGUAAACAGUGCCAAACAAACUUUUGUUUUAAAUGUGGUUCUGCGUAUCACGCGCCAUUAGAUUGUAACACUGUAAAAAAGUGGGCGCAGAAAUGUACUGAUGAUUCCGAGACUGCGAAUUAUAUUUCCGUUAAUACUAAAGAUUGUCCAUUCUGUCAUGCAUGUAUAGAGAAAAAUGGGGGGUGCAAUCAUAUGAGUUGCUGGAAUUGCAAAAGGCAAUUCUGCUGGAUUUGUCUAGGAGAAUGGAAUGGGCAUGUGAAAUGCAAUGCAUAUGAAGAAAAUACAAGGGAUGCAUCUCUUCAGUCUCAAGCUAGAGAAGCUCUUUCAAAAUAUCUUUUCUACUUUGAACGAUGGGAGAAUCAUAAUAAGAGUUUAAAGCUUGAAGAACUAAAUAUUCAAAAAAUUAGAAAUCAGAUUAGUGCAAAAGUAAUGGCUAAGGAAGGAAGCUGGAUUGAUUGGCAGUAUUUAUUGGAUGCUGCUACCCUGUUAGCAAAGUGUCGCUAUACGUUGCAAUAUACAUAUCCAUACGCUUACUAUAUGGAAGUUGGUGCAAGAAAAAAAUUGUUUGAAUAUCAACAAGCCGAGCUGGAGAAAGAAAUUGAAAGUUUGUCUUGGAAAGUUGAAAACGUAGUAUCAACCGACAGAGCAGACUUAGAAAAUCAAAUGAAUAUUGCUGAAAUAAGGCGACUUACUCUGCUUAAAGAUUUUUUGGUUGCUUGACAAUACCUUUACCUCCAGUAAAUAAAGCUUUCAAUAUGAUUUUAUUCCAAUGUAAUAAAAAUUAAGCUUUUGAUAAUUGUAAACUGUUAAAUUUAGCCUUGCUUUGAAAAUAUCUUGACUUUAUUGUAUCCUACUUAACUUUUGCUAUUUGCAUCUUUUUAGACAUGUUUAUUAUUUAAUUUCUAUUUCCUACUUGUUUAAAUAAAAUGUUUACUAUCUGAA